AUGAACUCUGUCCAUGUGGUGUGUGCAGCCAUUGAAAAGGUGAUGAUGGAGAGUUUCCCAACCAGGCCAACACAAGACACUUGGAAAGAGGUGGCCCAAGGAUUCUGUGAAAAAUGGAAUUUCCCAAAUUGUUUGGGAGCAAUAGACGGCAAACAUAUAAUAAUACAAGCACCACCACUGUCUGGAAGUCAGUUCUUCAAUUACAAGAAGACCUUCUCCAUAGUGCUUUUGGCGCUUGUGGGUGCUGACUACAGGUUCCGAUUCAUUCAAGUGGGGGACUUCGGAAGAACCUGCGAUGGUGGUGUGUACGCCAGUUCGGAUUUGGGGAGGGGAAUGGAGACCAACACCUUGCAUGUGCCACCCAGUACCUCUCUACCUGGUGCUGCCCACCUGGGUGAUGUGCCAUUCGUCAUGGUUGGUGACGCAGCUUUCCAACUCAAACCAUUCUUGAUGAGACCAUACCCCGGAGCAAACCUCAGUUACAAAAAGAGGAUUUUCAACUACAGACUUUCAAGAGCAAGGAUGGUGGUUGAAAAUGCCUUUGGCAUUCUGUCCUCCAGCGAAAACCAGAGUUUGCUGGAUGAGGCAGAGCAGCUGGGGAGACAUAUGGCACCAGUAAGAAACAUGGGAGGAAACAGGGCAUCAGCAGAGGCCUGUAAUGUGAGGGAGGUCUUCUGCACCUGCUUUACCUCUCCUGAAGACUGUGUCAUGGCAAAACAGGAUGGUGUGAUCAAAAGGCAUGACAUCAAAGCUUAUUGA